AUGCCUCCCAAACACGAAGACCGCAGGGAGAGGGGGAGGAUACCGUUCUGGACGCGACAGUUGGAAGCCUUUGGACGUAAGGUGACGGCAACGGCAAGCCAUCUUAUGGGCGACACCAGUUCGACGCACUACCCGACUGCAAUGACCAGCAUCUCUCGACAGAUGCGUCGCCCUGCAGUACAACGGGCUGUGUUCUCCUUCUCGCAGCAAGCUCCCUCCGAACUCGUGAGAGCAAAGCUCUCGACAAGCGAAAUAGCCCAUCGAGCCCUGACCUACAUUCCCGACGAACAAUUAGAAAAUAUACCGGAGGUUGACAACAGUUAUUCCUUAUUCCAAGGCUUUCAAGCCUCUCUUCCCGAAGGCGAAAGCGAGCAUCGUAAGGGACACCGGCGGCGGAGUUCAAAGCAGCACAAGCUGUUAGGUGCUGGAGAUGUCGAAGAAGAUGGCCCUCCAACUAUCCAGAACCUGAAGAAGAAUCGGAAUGCUGUCAACCAUAGAUUAGAAAUGAUGGCUGUGAGGAAGAACAUGUGCACGACCGAAAUCCGAGACAUAGACAAUAAGAUCGCCAACCUCCAAAAUGUCCGCCGGACCGUCCUUGAUCGACUCGCCGCACUCGAAAACGACGAAGCCGAGGUCGAGCAUGAAUUACUUGAACUCGACAACAAAAUCGAAGAAAUGCAGGAAGAACUCGAGGAACAGGGUGCAAUGGACCAAUCUACGAGCAGUCCCAAUGCUCCGCGUCCGGUGACACCCGAAUCAGAGUCAAUGGAUGCCUCCUUUAUGUCGCAGUCCAUCUACGAAAAGCUUCCCUCAUCUGCAUCACCAAAAUCCAAGCGACGGCCGACUUACGCAAAAAGAAAAUCCAUGCCAGUUCUACACGAGCACCUUGAACCCGGAUCACAUAUCAGAACAAUCCCGGCGCACAAUGAUAUAAUAUCUGCGUUGGACUUUGACCAACCCUUUGGUACCAUGGUUACAGCUGCGUUAGACGACACCGUGCGUGUCUGGGACUUGAAUCUGGGUCGUUGCAUGGGAUUUCUGGAAGGCCAUACUGCUUCCGUCAAGUGUCUUCAGGUUGAAGAUAACAUUGUGGCAACAGGUAGUCUAGAUGCAACCAUCAGGUUGUGGGAUCUCAGCCGUGCCAAGUACGAGCCUUAUGAACAUAAGAUACCAGAAAAUGGGGAGGAAGAUAAAGAGGAUGAGGAAGACGACGGACUUGGAUUUGGAAACGAACAUGAAGACGAGCCUCCGCCACCGCCUCCUGGCGCAAUGUCCGAAUGUCCUCUCUUCAUCCUUGAGGCUCAUGUCGACGAAGUGACGGCGCUGCAUUUCCGCGGCGACACACUUGUGUCUGGUUCGGCUGAUAAGACCAUUCGCCAAUGGGAUUUGGUCAAGGGACGAUGUGUGCAGACGUUGGAUGUAUUAUGGGCGGCUGCUCAGGCCAGUUCGACUAUCAACAGCACGGAACCACAAUGGCGGCCUACUGGACGAGCCACCGAUGCCGGAGCAGACUUUGUGGGUGCUUUGCAAUGCUUUGAUGCUGCGUUGGCCUGUGGCACCGCUGACGGGAUGGUCCGAUUAUGGGAUUUGAGAAGUGGACAAGUCCACAGGAGCCUGGUGGGACAUACAGGACCUGUGACUUGUUUGCAGUUUGAUGAUGUGCAUCUGGUAACUGGCAGUUUAGACAGGAGUGUUCGGAUUUGGGAUCUCCGGAUGGGAACCAUUUUCGAUGCCUACGCCUACGAUGCGCCGAUCACAAGCAUGAUGUUUGACGCUCGACAUAUCGUCUGUGCCGCGGGUGAAGACGUUGUCAAAGUGUAUGACAAGACCGAUGGCAAACACUGGGACUGCGGAGCAGGGGCAAGCUUGACCGUCGAAGACCGCAUGGCCGGUGCAAAGACCAGUAUUGUUGAGAAAGUUCGCCUGAAGGACGGGUACCUGAUCGAAGGGCGACGAGACGGUGAAGUCGGUAUCUGGACCUGUUGA